CAACGUUGCUAACUUCACGCAGGUACAAGAAGAUAGAUCAAGUGAAUAGGAUUGGACACAUUUGGUUGGAAACCUAUAUCGACUAUAUUUAAUUUUAUUUUCUUUCAUUUUUUAAAAAAAUAUAAGUUGGUCUUCAUUCAUUUUACUUCUUUUUUAACCCAUUUUAUUUAUUACAAUAAGAUAAUGGCUCGCUACUUCAAGGAACAAGAUAUUGAUGAGUUCCGUGAAUGUUUUUAUUUGUUUGCUCGUUCCGGUCAGAUUACGACCUUAGAUGAGUUGACCGUUAUUAUGAGAUCAUUGGGCCUAUCCCCGACCAUACAAGAGUUGGUGGGUUAUUUGAAGAAGAAAAAUGGUAAAAUGAGUUUUGCCGAUUUCUUGGAAAUUAUGCACCAACACACAAAAGUUGAGAAUCUGCCCGAUGAAGUAAUAGCUGCCUUCAAAGCUUCAGAUACACACAAUACUGGUUUAAUUCCAGCUCGUCAAUUGCGUAAUUUGUUACAAACAUGGGGCGAAGGGUUGUCGGUUAGAGAGGUUGAUAACAUUUUCCGUGAAGCCAAUGUUGGUAACAACAGCAUGGUACGUUAUACGGAUUUUGUUAAAAUAGCUUGUGCUCCUGUUCCCGAUUAUUACUGAUUGCACAAAUAUAUGUAUUAUGAUGUUUAAUGUACACAUUCCAAUGCAAAUAUUUUGUUAAAAUAUCGAGGUUUAUAUAGUUUACAUUUUACCCGUAUAUAAAAGUAUUUCUACUUAUUUUGAUAGUUUUUUCUAUUUAUUCAAUGGUUUUUUAUUUAUGUAUAUUCAUAUAAUUAAAUAAUAUCAAUUAUAAUUCAAUUUCAA